AUGGAAGAAUCCCGUGUGCAUUCGGAUAUCAAAACUAGUUCAAGCUAUGAGCAUUCUUUAUUCGAUAUAAAUGUGGUUCCUGUUAAUCCUGUGCCCGGCAGAAAGCGAAAAGUGAAUGAUGGCCAUGACGAUAAAUCGGCUAAUGGUAGUGAACAAACCAGUGGAAACCCAAGUAGAGAAAGCAGUGCUAAUGUGACAUCAAGACCUACAAAGAAAAGACUGGCAUGUUCAAACUGCAGGAGGCGGAGGAAGAAGUGUGAUCUCCAAUACCCUUGCUUCACCUGUGAUAAGUUAGGACUUGAGUGUAAUAUUAACGAAGAGGAUCUGAGGAAAAAGAGGUACACGAACACAUAUGUUAAAUCACUAGAGGAUCAUAUUGCACAUUUGGAGAAGUGUAUGAGAUCACUUGUAGAGGUAUAUGCUCCUGGCCGCAGGGAUGAUAUAUUGAAUGCUAUGAAAAUGGGAGACUUAAUCCCGGAUAUAUCACAGGUGGUUAGAAACACUUCUCCAGUUCCAGUUAAAAUAGAGCAACAACAUAAGAUGUCACAAACACCAACAGUUGGUAUAUUUCGUGAUGCAUCGAGUUCGGUGAUAGCACCAUCAAGUGAAAUCAAGAGACCCUCUUCUGCAACUCCAAGCACAACUUCGAAUGGUGACAAGCCUAGCAAGACGUUUGUGAAAGGCAGCAUUUAUUCUGACAGUGUUAAUAGUAAAGGAAAAUCUAACUCUCAACCUAAUUCAUCAGUGUCUGUGGCGUCCCUACUUUCCAAUAAUUCAUCUCCAAUAACUAAUGUUGAGAGUAAGGAGCGUAUAUCAGAUCUCAAAACUACCGUAAUUGUACGCAACAAGGUAUAUGACGGUGUUGAGGCCGAUACACUACCUGCUAAUCCAAACAUAAUUAAGGCGUUGUCGAAUUUUUACAAAUGGUUAUAUCCAGGUCAUUUUGUUUUUGUACAUAGAGAAAGUUUCCUCUAUGGAUUCUUUGUUCAUGCAAAUGAUAAUUACAAAAAUUCGCAAUAUUGUUCUGAAGAGUUGAUAUACGCUAUGAGUGCAAUUGGAUCGCGAUUAUCUCCUGAAAUAAUGCACCUUUCAGAGUCAUACUAUGAGAAGAGUAAGAAAGCUCUGCUUGAUAUUGUUUUUGAUGAAAAGAGUGUACCAAGAAUAACUACUGUGCAAGCUCUCUUUUGUCUUGCAUUUUACGAGCUGGGGAAGGGUAACAUGCAGAUGGCGUGGUACUUCUCAGGUUUAGCUAUUCGUGUGGGUUACGCGAUGGGAUUCCAAUUGGAUCCAAAAGUAUGGCAUGUUGAUGACGACACAGAUGAAAAGUUGACACAAAGUGAACUUGAGAUCCGCUCUAGAAUAUACUGGGGCUGUUACAUUGCAGAUCAUUUUAUCUGCUUAAUGUUGGGUCGCAAUUCGACAUUGAGUGUCAGUAAUUCUACAAUACCAGAGUCAGAUGAAUUGCCUGAAAUAGAGGGAACUGAAGAGUUUAAAUUUGUGGGUAGGCAUGUUCUGCAAGUAUCACUACCAUUGAAGAAUCUGAUAGUUUUAUCACGUAUUGUUCAGGUGUUUACAUCAAAGAUCUUUAUUGAAUCUGAAACUCUCGAAGAAAAACUUGAAUUCCUGAAAAAGUUCAACACACAAGUUGAUUAUUGGAAGCACUCGUUACCAGAGUUUUUGCAAUGGACUAAUGACACGUUAAAAGAUGAAGAUAUAACAACAGAUCCAACAAUAUCAUACUUUUGGUAUUAUUAUUAUAUUGUCCAGAUGACGUUCAUUAAACCGUUCAUUGAGCAAAGUGAAGAAUCUUGUCAGCUAAUAGAGAGCUUGUUGGAUCAAUUAGAAAUCUUGCUAGGCAAUUUUGAGAAGAAAAUGGGUAGUUUCAAGAAGGCUACUUUGUUUCAAGUCUAUGCUUGUCUUCUUGCCUCUAGCAGUUUGAAGUCUAUCCUAGCGGUACAAACAUCAUCAGAUGAGAAGAAAAGAUUUCAGUUAGGGAAGUCCGUUGUGCAGUUUAAGCAGCAGAAGAAGUUCUUCGAUGAUAUACUGCAGAAUCACCUGUCCAAAGUGUAUGAGUUAGCCUUGGCCACACAUGAAGAUCAGGAUAUAGACCAGUUCAGCUUUGAGACGGGCCCAACGUUGUAUCCUUUAAACCAAGUGAACAAUGAUGUAAACUACGCUCAUGAUUUCUCAUUAUCAAAUGAGAUUGAUGAUCUAAUAAGAGAUUUUUUCAGUAUAGAACAGAUAGACACAAUGGAGCCACAAUUGGGAGUACCCUCAACUCGAAGAGCCACUGUCAUACCAAGUAAAACGCAGGUACCAGAGCCGGAGAUGGUACCUUCACAAGGUCAUCACACUGAGUCACCACAGCCACGUAAGCUCCAAUUGGAUCAAGACCAGAACGGUCCACCAAAGAGAUACCUGGGCUCUUUGUUUAUGCACACAAAGAGGUAA